CAGCUCCAGAUUCCUGAGAUUUCAGCAGGGCUUCUCCUCCUUGGGAUCUGACAGUUCCAGGAUGUCCUUCUCCAGCCAGCUCAGCUCCCGCUGCUCCGCGCCCUGCGCCGUGUCCUGUCCCCAGCCCUGCGCGGACACCUGGAACCAGCCCUGUGUCACCUCCUGCGGGGACUCCCGGGCUGUCAUCCACCCUCCACCCGUGGUCAUCACCUUCCCGGGUCCCAUCCUCAGCUCCUGCCCCCAGGAGAGCGUCGUGGGAUCCGCAUUCCCAGCGGGAAUGGAGCGCCCCGUGGGCCUGCAGGGCUCCCUGCUCUAUGGAGGCUUCUUCUCCUCCUCCAGGAACGCCUGGAGGCAGCGCUCCGGGGGCUGCGGGCCCUGCUGAACCAGGAAAGGGCAUGAGGGAACCUGGGGGAGUGGCAGCAGGAGCUGGGGCAGGGGCUGA